AAUGAUUUUCGUAUGAGCAGAAAAGUGUUGUUUUGGGUGGAUCACGCGAUGUCGGAGGCGGAUGUGAGCAAGACGGAGGAACAGCUCAUGGCUGAGCUCGAAGCUGGCACUGAAGUAUCCUCCGUUGAAGCUCAUCCUGAUCGUAAAAUCAAAAGACACACGAGAAGGCCGAGAUGCGGAUCCGGCGGAGACGUGGCAGAAACUGCGAAUGUUCCUGCCCCGAAGCUCGAGCUGAAGUAUGGGAAAAAUUCCCGUCGUUCCAGGAAUAUCUACGGACGUGGACUCCCGAAGAAAGGUGGAGCUGGAGGAAAAGGAGUUUGGGGUCGACCAGGUUUGUCUGAACUCGCGGAAACUGAGGAGGUGGAUGAGAGAGACCCGAAUUACGACUCUGAUUCUUUGGACAUGGACGGGAAUGUGAAAGUGACGACUUUGAUGCCGGUGUUGAGUGUGGAGGAGUUUCGGGCGUUCGCUGCGCCUAUUUUCCAGGAGUAUUUUCUGAACUCCGAUACAGACGACGCCAUUUCGUCGUUGUUGGAGGGCAACAUAGCUGGGAAUCGACAUUCUGUGGUCUCAUUGAUCAUUGAGAUUGCAAUGGAGCAUAAGGCUAGUCACAGAGAGCUGGCGUCCGUUUUUCUCGCGGAAGCUUAUCACGUGCUCUGCUUCCAACGGGAUUACGCCAAGGGGUUCGAUGAAUUGUUGGAGAACCUCCCGGACCUGGUUUUGGACACCCCAGAUGGUUCGAAAGUGCUUGGGAAGUUUUUGGCACGAGCCAUUGCAGAUGACUGCCUUCCUCCUGCAUAUCUCAAUGAUUACAAGGGCAAAGUGGAGUGUGAACAUGCCAGGAAUACCCUGAACACGGCCAACACGUUGCUGAGCAUGAAGCACGGGCUGGCCCGACUGGACACCAUUUGGGGCCAAGGCGGGGCGACGAGGCCGACCAAGUCCUUGUCCCGAGAAAUCAUCAUGUUCCUGAAGGAGUAUUUGGAUUCUGGAGAUGUGCACGAGGCUCAUCGUUGCCUGACUGAGCUUGAAGUCCCGCAUUUUCAUCACGAAGUUGUCUACGAGGCGGUGAUCAUGGCAUUGGAGAGUUUGUCGGAAUCGGUGGAAGACAGGCUGCUCAAGUUGCUGAAAUAUUUUGCAGACGCGCUCGUCAUCACGCCGGAGCAGAUGAAAAAUGGGUUCUUCAGAGUUUAUGAAGAGAUGCCAGACAUUUGCUUGGACGUGCCUCCAGCGUACUCGUACUUGGAGCGGAUUGUCUACAAGUGUGAUAGGGAGAAGAUCGUGUUGAAGGAUGUGGUGACUCGGCUUCCUGCUCGUGGAAGGAAGAGGUUCGUGUCGGAAGGCGAUGGCGGAGCACUCAAGGGAUAUGACUACGUGUCACCGUACGUGUGAAACGAAAUAUUGAGAUGAAAGUUGGAGGAACCAGGCGAAGACGCUCUUGAAUUAUGAAGAGAAGAGAAAAAGAAUUGCAAGAAGAAGAAGGAACGUGGCUUUUUGUUUCGAAAAUCCCCCUGUUUUAUUUUGUUCCGUUUAUAAUUCUCCAAGAAAAUCCCUGUUUUUUUUUUGGUUUCUCCGGAAAAAUUUUUUCAUUUGUUGGGUUUCAGAGUUGUUCUUGCCAAGGCGCACGUGCGUCUAGUGAAUUUGUGUUGCUGUGGUCCGUUGCAGAGUUUUUUCUUGCCUGGAUGAUGAUGAUACUGAAUUAGAGAGUUUGUAGUGGGGUAUUUCACAGUGACCUGGAUGAACUGCUAUUUUGUUAUCAGCUGAGGUUGUUGAGGUUUGUAGUAAGUUUUUAUUUUUUGUUGAUUCGUCGAGAUUCAUCUUGGAAGAAAUACUCCCCCUGGCUUAUGGUUCUUGAAGGAUUCAAUCUGCAGCUCGCCUUUUUUUCCGUGAAGAUCCUCAUGAUUAUUGGGAUGAGAGAUUUGAAAGAGUGGAAGGAUAAUAAAUUCUGCAGAAUUA